AUGGAGGAAAACAGAAAACAAAUUCUGCACGGGGAAUGCCCGAGAAAGCUGAACCUCAGUGUGCCCCUUCUAUCAACUAGGCGCCCUCUUGGUGUCACUCAUAACCAUAUGCUUAUGAUGCCAAUAUCCAACACCACCUCAAAGGACACUAGCGACAUGGUUCCCUUUUCUUGGGAACGAAUACCCGGCGAGCCUAAAGACAAGGAACAAGAUGACAGCUUUGGCAAUAUUGAUGAUGUCCCGCAUCCUCCAAAACCACCCCCUGGCCGGUGGCAGCCACCAGUUAUGGAAGAACUAAACAGUGCCACGGAACACAUGGUUGAUCUAUGUUCAGAUUAUUAUGAUGGAAUCUGUGAUGCUGACGAAGAAAAUAGCCGUAACGAAUGCUUCUCGGAUGCCAUCGACAUAUUCUCAUUAGCUGAGUCGAUAGACGACGACAUUGAAGUGAAUUGCGAAGCGACAAAGGAGAGAAGCUCAACGAUACCGGAGGGUGAUGGCUAUAAUAAUUCAACAAACUUUAUCAUACAGAGGUUUCUUCCUGAUGCUCAGGCCUUAGCAGAAGCAUCUGUUAUAAACAGGAAACUUCCAUUUCCGAGUUCUCCCUAUUCUUAUGGUUAUUUCUCUCGAGGUGUUAGCAUUAGGAGAUCAUCGUACCAUUCACCAAAGGGCUGUGGGCUACGGAGUUUCUUCCCAUGGAGAAUGAAGCCUAAACCCUGUAGCGUAAAGAGCCCAGUAUGCGAUGCUAUAGCGCCAAUCAAAAGCAGAACCUCGGAUACAUAA